UCCGCCUUUACCCGCUCCGUGGGACGAGCGCUGUUGUUUUCUCCUUGCAGGAGGGGGCGGGAGCAAGCGGGGGCGGAGGGAAAAGAGGAAGAUGCCGGGGAAGCUGAAGGUCAAGAUCGUGGCGGGGCGUCAUUUGCCAGUGAUGGACCGAGCUAGUGACCUGACGGACGCCUUCGUGGAGGUAAAAUUUGGAAAUACCACAUUUAAAACGGAUGUGUAUCCCAAGUCUCUCAAUCCUCAGUGGAACUCUGAAUGGUUUAAAUUUGAGGUAGAUGAUGAAGAACUACAAGAUGAGCCCCUGCAGAUCACAGUUCUUGAUCAUGACACUUACAGUGCCAAUGAUGCCAUUGGCAAGGUGUACAUAGAUAUUGAUCCUUUGCUGUACAGUGAGGCAGCUACAGUUAUCUCAGGAUGGUUUCCAAUAUAUGAUACCAUACAUGGUAUCCGUGGCGAGAUCAAUGUGGUGGUAAAAGUAGACCUCUUCAAUGAUUUAAACCGAUUUAGGCAGUCAUCCUGUGGAGUCAAAUUUUUUUGCACUACCUCUAUUCCUAAGUGUUAUAGAGCAGUAGUAAUUCAUGGAUUUGUGGAAGAGCUGGUGGUUAAUGAAGACCCAGAAUACCAAUGGAUAGACCGAAUCCGUACACCAAGAGCAUCAAAUGAAGCUAGACAAAGACUUAUUUCCCUAAUGUCAGGUGAACUUCAAAGGAAGAUUGGCUUGAAGGUACUUGAAAUGAGAGGGAAUGCAGUUGUUGGCUAUUUACAGUGUUUUGAUCUGGAGGGAGAAUCUGGACUAGUUGUACGAGCUAUAGGAACAGCCUGUACCUUGGAUAAAUUAAGUAGCACAUCAGCGUUCUUACCUGCAUGUAAUUCUCCAUCCAAAGAAAUGAAGGAGAUUCCCUUCAAUGAAGAUCCCAAUCCCAAUACUCAUUCAUCAGGACCCUCCACCCCUCUGAAAAACCAAACCUAUUCCUUUUCACCUUCCAAGUCCUACAGUCGACAGUCCUCUUCUUCUGACACAGAUUUGAGUUUGACACCCAAAACUGGAAUGGGCAGUGGAAGUGCUGGAAAAGAAGGGGGGCCAUUUAAAGCACUAUUGAGACAGCAGACCCAAUCAGCUCUGGAACAAAGGGAAUUUCCCUUUUUUACCUUGACGUCCUUUCCACCAGGGUUCCUUGUCCAUGUUGGUGGUGUUGUCAGUGCACGCUCUGUAAAGUUGCUGGAUCGCAUCCAUAAUCCUGAUGAACCAGAGACACGAGAUGCAUGGUGGGCAGAAAUCAGACAAGAGAUAAAAUCCCAUGCCAAGGCAUUGGGUUGUCAUGCUGUAGUGGGCUACAGUGAAUCAACUAGCAUUUGUGAAGAGGUCUGUAUUUUGUCUGCAUCUGGCACGGCAGCUGUACUGAACCCUAGGUUUCUCCAGGAUGGCACCAUGGAAGGCUGUUUGGAUCAAAGGUUGUCAUGGCAGCCUGGCUUCUUUUCCAUAGGGUCAGAGAAGGGAGAGGUUGAUUUUUUUCCUCAGAGCCAAGAUAGUUCUUCUCUAUUAGGGAUUGAAGAAACUUCACCUGCAGGUUGUGGAUUUUGCCACAUACCUUAUGAUGAACUGAACAUGCCAUUUCCUGCUCACCUCACAUACUGUUACAAUUGUCGAAAGCAAAAGGUUCCUGAUGUUCUGUUCACAACAAUAGAUUUGCCUGUAGAGGCAAUGGUUAUUGGGAAAGGAUGUCUUAUUCAAGCCAGGUUAUGUCGCCUGAAAAAGAAAGCUCAAGCAGAAGCCAAUGCAACAGUUAUCAGCAAUCUGUUGCCAUUUAUGGAAUAUGAAGUACACACCCAGCUAAUGAACAAACUUAAACUGAGGGGAAUGAAUGCCCUUUUUGGACUGAGGAUUCAGAUCUCAGUGGGUGAAAAUAUGCUGGUGGGCUUGGCAUCUGCCACAGGUGUGUAUCUUACUGCUUUACCAACCCCUGGUGGUAUUCAGAUUGCUGGGAAGACUCCAAAUGAUGGCACCUAUGAACAGCAUAUAUCUCACAUGCAAAAAAAAAUAAAUGAUACAAUAGCCAAAAACAAAGAGAUUUAUGAGAUUAACCCUCCUGAGAUACCAGAGGAAAUCAUAGGGUCUCCCAUUCCAGAACCAAGACAACGUUCUAAGCUGCUGAGAUCUCAGUCAGAAAGUUCUGAUGAAGUUACCGAACUAGACCUUUCACAUGGGAAAAAGGAUGCUUUCGUCUUGGAGAUUGAUGAUACAGAUGCAAUGGAAGAUGUACAUUCUUUAUUGACAGAUGCUCCACCACCUCCAGGUUUUUAUAGCUGUAACACAGAAAUUAUGCCUGGUAUAAAUAACUGGACUCCUGAAAUACAGAUGUUCACAUCAGUAAGAGUAUCCAGAUUAAGCAACAUUACCCUAACGAAUCAAAUGCUUAACAAGAACUUUAAUGAUCUCUGUGAGAAUCUGCUUAAGAGUCUAUAUUUUAAACUACGUUCCAUGAUUCCCUGCUGCCUUUGCCACGUAAAUUUCACUGUUGCUCUUCCAGAGGAUGAAUUAAUUCAGGUCGCUGUCACAGCAGUUGCAAUAACAUUUGACAAAAAUCAAGCUUUACAAACCAGCAAAGUCCCUGCAGAAAAAUCAUUGCAGAGAGCCUCUACGGACAAUGAAGAGCAGCUACAGUUUCCAUUAGAACUUUGCUCUGAUCCUCUUGCUUCACAACCAUUCUCACCAGCUAAAGGCGAUUUGAAGAACUCCUUCACCUACCUGUUGCCUACCGUCAAAUAUGUUAGAAAGGAACUGGAUUUGUUCAACCGCAUUCAUUCAGAUUUAUAGAAUGUAUGAUAUGAUAAUAGUUUUUAAUUUUUAUUCUUUACUCCUAUAUUGUUUAAUUUCUUAAUUGGUGCCUAUGGAAGAUCUUUAAUAUGCAUAACCUCUGUACAAAAUCUAUUUUUUCUUUUUAAUAAAAGUACCAUGAACCUUAUUUAGGUGUUCAGAACAAAAAAUGGCUUAUUGUAAGCCAUUUUCAUUAACUGCAGGAAUAAUGUGAGCCAAACUUUUUCCCACUUAUGACUUGUUACCUUGGUCUAAUAGCAGCCUAGACAGUGACAGGUCCCAAUCAAUUAAAUUAAUUAUACAGUUACCAUAUUUUCAUGUCUCACCCCUCUCCCCCUCUAAUAAGUCAUGUCACCAAAUAAGGCAUGUUUUUGGAAGGCAGAACAUAGAAAAAAAAUUCUUCCAAAUGCUUGACUGACUUGUGUAAUAGACUGGAAAAACUGUGUCUAGGAAGUGUGGCAUCCCAGAAGACAGUCUGGGUGAGGCAGCAGGAACUUUCUAGUGCAGCAGGACGGUAACAAGGCUAGGCCUCAGACCCUUACAAGGGCAGUAACAAAGGUUUCUUUAUUUUAAUUAGUUCUUUAUAGAAGUUCCUGCAAAUAGUAAAGUACUACGUAUACACUAUAAGCCUCACUGACAUACUGUAGACUGCAUGCAGCAGCCUACUUGCACUGAGCCCGCUCAGUUUCAGGCACAAACUACAAUGCUCAACCAAUAGCUAUGGCUGUGACAGCGUCAACACAAGACUCCACCCCGUCUGCUUAUUGGAGCCAGAAGCAAGUGGCAGCCAUCUUGGUAGCCAGAAUUAAGCAGAUUGCUCUGCUAUUCAUCUGUGUUUCUAUCCCAGCAAAUAAAAAUCAGCCCACCUAUUUAAGACAGGCACUGUAAUUUUAGAGGGCUAAUUUUUUGGGGAAGGUACAUGUGGCCUGCAAGUAAAUAUGGUAAAUGGAGCUCAGUUACAUUAUAAAUCUGAUAGUGGGACCAACAAGUUCCUGUGCACUUAAGCAAUUGAUGCACUUAGCUCAUGCAGAAAGCUGGUAUUUUUUAGAAUCUCAAAUCUAAAUAGUAGUUUAAAAGGUGGGACUAGCAUUGUAUUACAUAAUUAAGCAAACAAUGCAUAUAUCCAGUAUUCAUAUAUGUGGUAUAUGUGGUAUCAGAAAAUUGACUUUCACAUAGUAUGGUUACUCCUAAACCAUUUGUCUGUUUUUGUUGUUUGUUUAUUGGACUGCUUGCAUUUAGCUUCCCAAGUGGUCUGGGGUUCAUUAGGGAUUUGAAAGGUUAAUAAUUUAACUGAUAAGUGCAGUGAUAACCAGUUAGCUUACUGGUUAUCCUUCAGCUAGGGUCAGGUCCAGUCUAGCAGGGGAAGAGGGUAAGGGAAGCUGCGCAGUGCCCCAUCAGAAAUCGGAAGGCAACAGGGUGAGCAGGAAGGGUGAGGGGAACUAGUACCCAUAGUCUAAGAGGAAAACAGGGAGCAGCUUAGAGACUCAUCAAUUAAGCAGUUAGCUGCUUAUUCACAUGUGCUCCCUCCCUCCCAGAGGGCCUUCAUGUAGGCUAUGUUGUCUGAUUGGACUGGCCUUCUCUCCCUCCUGCCCCCCACUCCCCCAGUCAAAUGGCCCCAGGAGCCUGGAGUUGCUCCCAGCAGCAGCUAUGUUAUUGGUUAGUCAUUUAACUGAUAUAAUUAGAGGAGGUUAAACGAAUAUUUUUUUAAAUAAUAUUUACAUCCCUAGGAUCUAUCAGUCAAUACUGUACACUAGUUAUAGCCUGGCCCUCAGAGUAAGUCUUCAAUAGAUUAACCAGUUAUGAAAAUAAUAAAAAUAAUAAUAAUAGGAGGGAAAAGCAUAAUUAAGUUCCCUUCAUCAUUUCCGGGCAGAGGGGUGUCUCUCCUCUUUUGUCUUUAUGAUAGUCUCCCCAACCUUCAUUAGACUGAAGGAACGAUAUUUCCUGAGACUUGUAUGGGAGCAAGAAACAACCUGUCCUACAACCAAAUUGUGUUCUUUUGAUAAUUGGUUGGCUCUUAUUUCUCCAUUAAAUUAAGUAUCAUGGCAUCUCUAAUUUCUUUUUAGUAAAGAUUUCAUUGAGAUCUCUGUAUUAGUAAGUGUAAUAUCUAUUACUUGCUUAAUAUUGGAGCACUCUGCUUGCAUAAUAGCUUCUGGCCACUACAGGGUAAUCUACUCCAUAUGUAACUAAAUCACUUAGUUCUAAGUGUUCUUCUCAUUGAUUCAGUUGUACACUACACCACUUAAAACUUCUGGCUAGCCAUUGAUUUAAUCUUUUGUCUUUUUACACACAGGUGCUGAGACUUCAAAGUAACUGUAUAACUAAUUCAAUAAUAUAUUACCUACUUUGAUCUCCCAUAUUUUAAAUUGUAUUUAGCAUACUUACAAAAUAUUUUUGGUAUAUUAAUCGUAAGUGAAUAAAUGGUGAUAUUUUUUUUAUCAUCCUUACAUCAUAAGUCUACAAAGGCUGAUAGAUAUUUUUAUAUCUGAUUUUAAAGUUUUUCCAACAAAAAAGUAUAUAUUAUUACUAUUAUCUCAGACCAAUAAAGAGCUGAAUUCAACUUGAGAA